ACUCUCUCUCCAGUUCUCAAACGCUCUCCCCAUCCCACCUUUCGCAUUCAGAACAACGCGGAUUCUUUUUUUCCUACCACCAUCAACUAAAGCAUCGCAAAAAAAGGAAGAAAAAAAAAGGGAUGCAGAACGGAGGAUUCAACGACAAGCUUCGGAAUCUCGAGGAUUCUGCACGCCGGUUGGCCUCGACAGAUUUCUCAGCACCCCGACUCUUCUCAUCCCUCCUCCUUGAGAACCAGGCUGUGCCCGUCAGGAACGCAAAAUCGUUCGAACAAAAACUGUUUGUACCGAAUGCAACCGAUAUCGUCAGAAAGUAAAUGGCUAUCAAGACACGGGAGGGCGCGAGUGAAUUCGAGACGACGAUCGAACUGGCUUUAGCAUUGAACGAGAUUUGCCAAAACCCCGAUGUCCAGGGACGAUUGGAACAGGUCCGUACCGCAUAUGUGGAUGUCGUAAAGUGCAUCAACGAUCUCAACGCAAAACUUGCCGAGCUGGAAGAGUCCAAUUCCGCAAGCGAGACACAGGAUCCAAUAGUGCAGGAAGAGGACGAGGUCAUGGCGGCAAUCAUUCGUGAGGAAGGCGAGAUCUUUGCAUUAGAGGAGAUGCUCAGAGAAAAGCGCAAGCUGCUCAAUCAUAUCCAAAAUGAGCUUGAUGGCCUUGGCGAAGCUCCGGAAUCCGAACUCAUGGAUGAGGACAAAACCAUUGUCGAGGAUGAUCCAGAGCUGGAAGCGGAGACUGCGAAAUGGAAAUUGGAGAUUGAAGAGCUGGACAAAGAGAUUGAGGAGCAACGGAGAAAGGAGGAAGAGCAGCUGCGACAAUACGAGGAAUUACAGCAGGAAAGCGAUGAAUUGAAUGCAAUGGUACAGGACACACAGAGCACCGAGGAAGAACUCGCAAGUCCCAACUUUGAUGAGAUUAAAAGCUUACUGGAAAAGGCCAUGAAUCAGGAGGGAGACGCUAUUAUACAACCAGAGGGGCUCAAAGAGUCGUAUCUGAGGCUGGAGAGACUUCUUGAUGGCCUGGAAAGGUGUCAGAGGCACAUCGUGAACCUGGACGUGCUGCAGCAAAUCAGUUCGACACUCAUCGACACCUGUGCUGAUCCCGCCACUUCAAAUUUCGACCCGCCCCUCCAGGACUCGGUGAUUCUGGCCGCGCGGACACUCCAAUUGAUCAAGGAGGCAGGAGGAGUCAUUUCACUGCAGGAUCUCAAGGAACAGAUCACUCAAGAGACUGUGGAGCGGAAAUUGGACGAGCGCUUGGGUGUGCAGGCUGUCUAUGGACUAGUCGCCUCACAUCUCAUCCAGAUCGAUCGCAGCAAGAAGCCCAACCUCGUUUCGUUUGCCUGAACACUUGAUACCUGCGUCUUUCGGUCUUUCGCUUCCCUUUGCCCCCCUCUCGGUUCUUCAAGGCUGGACCUGUAUAUAGAUCAUUGAGCGAAAGGAAGG